CCGCAACCUUCGAGGACAACACCACAUCACAUCACAUCACAUCACAUCACAUCACAUCACAUCACAUCACAUCACACGACUUCGCCUAUCGAUACUCUCCAACAUGAUCGAAAGAUCUCAGUGAGCGAGCUGGCUCGUCAUUAAAUAUGUUUAGAAAGCCCACCAGCUUGCUUUCAUGCAACAACUCACAUUCUCUCCAGGCCUUCCCAGCUUCAAAGACGUCAUCAUUUCAUACCAAGGCCAAAAAGAGCCAUCUGCAGAGACAACAAUGUCGCUCAUAUACAAUGGUAUCCGACGGCCAUAGUCGUCAUGACCACGGAAAGCUUCGUUGGCCAGAGAUGAAAACCACUAAUACUCCUACGCCUUACCAGAUCUUCGACCAAAGAAAAGGCUCCCCUUACUCAAAACAGAGGUUCUACGAGCUUGUCAAGUUGUACCAUCCUGAUCGACACGACCAUGAUAUUGCAAGCCACGGGCUAUCAUAUGCAACCAAGCUGGAGAGAUACAGACUUGUGGUUGCUGCCAACGAUAUUCUUUCGGAUCCCAUAAAACGAAGUGCCUAUGAUUAUUACGGAGCAGGAUGGAACGGCGCACCGGAUGUUGUCAAGCCUCGAGAUGUGUCAGACCCAUCCAAUGGCUGGGGAAGCUACACUGGCAGGGGAUGGGGAGGUGGUCGUGAAGGACCUAGCCAAAAUGCGACUUGGGAAGACUGGGAACGCUGGUAUCAGAGAGAUGCCAAGGGACCACAAGAGCCGCGAUAUGUCUCGAACAGUGCAUUUGUUGGCCUGAUAGUUGUCUUCGCCUUCAUUGGUGGCAUCGGACAAGUUACACGCGCUGGAAGUUAUGGCAUGAGCUUCGUGGAGCAACGAGAUGCAUUGCACAACAACAUCUCCAAGGAUCUCAUUCGGAGGAGGAAAGAGGCCACAACUGCUUUUGGCAGCAGAGAGGAGAGGAUUGACAGCUUUCUGAGGCACAGGGACCCUGUAGGUUAUGGAAUUGUCGACCCGAAGGAGGAAAGCUAUAGAAAGGUGUUGCCUGCGCCUCAAAUUUGCUCAAGUGAGGACAUCAAGCAGCGGCCAGUAUAUAUUUAUCAGCAGAAGAACAAACCCUCCAGCAAAGCCAGCUAGUGUGGAUGGCUGCCUGGAAGCUAAAACGGUACCUGAGUCGACUUCAGAGAGCUUCAAUGGAUCGCAAGUGCCUCUGGGUACGUACCUGGUUAGAUGUAACGGAGAAACAGAGCGAGGAACAGAGACGUCUUGGAACGUUAUCAAGGAGAAACACUGUCCCGUCUUGGCCAAGUCAUCUUGGAUGUAGGCUCGACAGGUUCGUGCUGUAGUCGAGCUGGAUUUAUUACCCCGCCACUAAUCAGAGACCAAUGGCGUACUGUACAUAGCUGUUCCAAUUUGUCUCAUCUACUAGCCUAGAGCUGACAACUUGUGAUUAA